CCUCUGAGCGCGUAUGUUGCUGCAAGGCCGGAAGCGGGAUGCAGAGAACUUUGGCGCUGCGAGUUGCACAAUCAAUCGCCAAAAAUGACAGGCCACCUGUAAUACGCAUCGCCAAUGGCACAUUCUACCAUAGCCAUCCUUCUGCAGGACAAUCGCUGAAUGCCAUCAGCAAUGAAAGCCAAACGUUGUUUCCUGGAUUGAGCUUCACCCUUCCGGCCUUCACUUCACCCGUGGAAAAAUGGAGUGUUUUAAGCAAGAGUUCGGCCGCGCGCACUGCCUUGCUGCACGUUUUACGAGGGCAGUAUAUAUGCAUACCACCGACAGCCCGAUCAUAUCCCUAUCUUGCGACGGAUGAGGUUGCACAAAAGGAUCCUCGACUACGAAGUGCGCAUAAUGCUAUACAAUACGUUGGAUUUGAUGCUGAGCGGGGCCAGUCCAGUGGUAGUGGAAUGCGUGGUGCGUACCUGUCAGCGCGGUACGAGAGCCUACGAGAGGAAACCGAUUUUUCCCUACUGGACUUUUUGAUGGGAAAUACGGAGCUGAACCCAGACGAGAGAUUGGCAAGACAUCCGGACCCACGUCUUCUGGAGAGGAUCAUGAAAGAUCUGAAGCUGCAGGAAUUGGCUGAUAUGCCGGUUACCCAUUUAAGCAAUGGCCAGACUAGACGUGCGAAAAUCGCAAAAGCUUUAUUGAGCGGACCUGAAGUGCUGCUACUGGAUGGCCCCUUCAUGGGCCUGGAUCCGCCAACUCUUAAGCACCUGUCACAGAUGUUGGGCGACUUGGCGGAAGCACAAUCUCCGAGACUCAUUUUAUCGCUAAAACCUGAUGAGCAUAUCCCGGACUGGAUCACACACAUGGCAUUCGUCACACAGAGAUACGAGCUGGCGGCGUCUGGAAGGCGGAAUGACGUUAUACGCUUCAUUCACAACAGAUCAAAAGAGCUGAGAUUGGCGAAUAAGGUGACCGCAUCGAGUCCCUUGGACGAGGAAUGUGUCGAAUAUGCCGAAGUUUCACGUCAUCUUUGGGCGCACACCCCUUCCAAUACCAUUUUUUCAGAUCGUCGCGAGGAAUUAGCUUAUCACCGAGAGUAUAGAGAGCUCAUGAAAGAAUACAAAGAAGGCGAGAAGAAGGUUAAAAGGAACAUUGGGAUCGAAGUAAUCUCGAGAGACGGUUUUCGUAUGGACACACCAACACCUCCCCCAGGAGAUACCGUGAUCGAUAUGGAGGGGGUGAAAGUCCAAUAUGGUGAAAAAAUUGUCCUCGGAAAUUGGAGUCAAGGUGCCGAGGGAGACAAAAAGGACGGAUUAUACUGGAAGGUCCGACAGGGUCAACGAUGGGGUGUCUUUGGUCCAAACGGCUCGGGCAAGACGACGCUGAUAUCACUAAUUACAUCGGAUCAUCCACAGACCUAUUCUCUUCCGAUCAAGCUCUUCGGACGUACACGUUUGCCUCAGCCAGGCGAACCUGGAAUAAGCAUAUUUGACCUGCAAAAGCGGAUUGGUCAUUCUAGCCCUGAAGUUCACGUCUUUUUCCCUAAACAUCUUUCUCUCCGGAGAACAAUCGAGUCUGCAUGGGCAGAAACUCCACUCACGAAACCAAAGCUGACAUUCGAUCUGGACGAUAAAGUCAACGCCGCACUCAUGUGGUUUCGAGGCGAACUUGUACCGUCGUUAGGGCCUCCCAGUUGGAUGAAGACGGAGAUGGAACGUGCUGUUCAAGGCGUCGAUAGCGGGUUCUUUGAGCCAAACGGCGAGCCGCGAGUACCCGAAAGAGCAAGAUACCAUCUACGGCGUUCGAGUGAAGCAAUCAUGCAAGAACUACAGAAGAUGGAAGACGAAGACUGGGCUGACAAAAUCAAAUUUGGCGAGCUCAGCUUCUCUGCACAGCGAGUGGCUCUUUUCAUACGUGCGGUCAUCCGAAAUCCCGAUCUCGUUGUUUUGGACGAAGCAUUUAGUGGCAUGGACGAUUUUGCAAGGGACAAGUGCCAUUUAUUUUUGAGCCAUGGUGAAGAGGCCAUAUUCCAUCUAAAGCGAAAGGGUGAGCGAGCUGAUAUGCCAAAAAUCACGAGAAGCGACUUGAGCAGGCUUGGGAUGGCCAAGAUUCGAGGCUUACAAAACAGCCAAGCCUUAAUCGUGGUGAGUCACAAGAAGGAAGAGGUUCCAGGCUGUGUAAGAGACUGGAUUUGCUUGCCGGAAAGCGGGCACGGCGUGCCUCGCUUUGGACAUCUCAAUGGUCCGCUAGAGCUGGACAGUGUUGGUUGGAAGGAGAUAUGGGGUGAGAAAGUGGGUCGAACGCUAGAACGGCGCAAACAAAAACUCGAGGCUCUAAAAGCACUUACUUCUCGCGAUGAUUGGCCCAAGGAGACGAAGUCUGAGCGGGAGGCUCGUCUUGCACGUAUUGACGCUCUUGUGGCCCAGGUCCAGAGCGAGUUCGAUGUCAGACUGUCAAAAGUGAGCGCCAAAGAACGAGCGCAGCUUUCCAGCAAUGGCCGUGCCAUUAGCGUUAAAGAGCCGGAGGUCUUGCGUGAAAGGAAGAGAGUCAGAUCACGGCUAGCUCUUGCUGCGGAAUUACCGGAAGAGAAAGAGAGGAGACUUCAAAAAGUGCGUAUCAGAUGGCAUGCUCGAUCGGCCAGCAUGACACCAGAGGAGCGGGUACAAUAUUCUCGUGAGAGGAAUGCAAAGUAUCUUGAGGGUCGGCCUGACCGCGUUGAGAGGAUUAGGGAGCAAGCGCGCCGAGCAGCCCAACGGCAGCGUGAGAAGCUCACGGAUGAAAAACGUCGUGCCAGGAACGAAAAGGCACGAGAAGCCCGGCAGAGAAAAUUGGCAAACAUGUCAGAUGAGGAGAAAGAGGCAAUGCGGGAAGCGAGAAGAGCAAGAUACAGGAAGUCGUUAGCAGAUGUAGACGCGAAGGAGAAACUGCAGUCUGACCAGCGAACUCGGAUGAGGCAAUGGAGAGCUAAACAGAAGGAAAAGAAGGACGAAAGUAGGAAUACACUGCCUACGUGAGCAAGAGCAAACAAACGGCAAAACAAGAGAGGCCUGCAUGGACGAACUAGCGCCAGCACUGAGGUGGUUUGUGUAACAUGUCGCAGCUCUUUAUCAGGAUACCCUAAAAGCGAGUGUGCUGUUAUUGCAUUUCUCAUGGCUGCAAUCAUUCGGCUGAUGCCGCGUGCAAUAGCUUUUAUCAUGAAAAAGGUCUAAAGUUUUGCCUGAGUCAACCUCACCAAUGACACGGUGCCAUACUACUACGAACUUCGCUGCCGAGCCCUACGACGAAAAUAGAAACCGAAGGGAAGUGGCC